UGAUGAAAAAAAGCUAAAAAUUCAAUGAAAGUGCAACAAUCGCGCCGUGAAACAAGUUCUUUUUGUCUAAUAACCUGGUAAAAAGUUGGAUUUUUCAUCUGAAAACAGCACGGCAAGUGUGCCGAAGGUUCUAGUAGUGAAGUUUACCGGUUGAUUCGCCGUAAAUACACUGCCAUUGUCCCCGGGAGAACAAGUUCGGUUUAGUGCUUACGGAUUCACCCUCGCAUUGUUUAUCCCUUCAGCUUGGUCGGUUCGUGAGAGGGCUACUGGUGUCGUCGGAAGAGGAGAAGGAGAAGGGCGAGAACUUCCACUACAAUCCGGUUUACGUGGUACGUCGCCUUGGAAGUGCAAUUCGGACGCUGCUCGGAAUGGACGGUAACAAGAUGGGCAAGAUCGGUUCCAGUGUAACCGCCGAGACUACUAUUGUAUUCAACAAAGACGAAAAGCAACACUGUUUGGACAUAGGAGGUCGAAAUGUUACCGUCAUCGGCGGUAGCGGUAAGCAUGACCAUGGAAGUUCCAGGGUCAAAUUGAAGAACAUCGUCGACUACAAGUGGGAACAGAAGAACUACCCCGGAAGACUGAUUGCCUGCCACAACGAGGGAAAGCUGAUUGCGUAUGCUAUUACAGUGAAUCACCGAGCAGCACCGGAAGGAAUGAUCCGUAUCGUACAUCUUUCGCUCGGUCAACGUGCCCUGAUAAAGGGCAUGUCGGGCGAAGUGCUCGACCUUCAGUUUGCCCACAUCUCGUCGCAGGUCAUACUGGGCAUAAUAGAAAAAGUUGCCCUGCACGUGCACAAGGUAGACAUUGUAAGCGAGAAAGUUGUCUGCACGCUUCUACUAAAGGUGAACGACCCCAUCGAUACUCACAUUCCAAUUUGCGAUAAGAUUUGCUGGUGUCCGUAUCUGUCGGACAAUGGCUAUGUGGAUGAGUACGCCAGUCAGCUGUUGGUUUGGACCAGGGGCGGCACCUUCCAGUGCUACAGCGUCAGCUCCGUGGUUCGACAUCAUGGCAGUGGUGAGGUUGCCGGAAAAGACAUUUCCGAAGGUGGAUUCAAGUUCCGAGAAACUCUUCCCCUGAUAACCGAAGCGAUAUUCUCCGCCGAUGGAACGACGCUGGCCGUAAGCUGUGAGGAUGGGGUAAUACGAUUCUACCAGGUCUAUCAGCACACCAACGACAGCAACCCACGAUGUCUGCAUCAGUGGAAGCCUCACGGCGGAAAACCCGUCAGUAGUUUCUUCUUUUUGGAUAACUACACCGAGGAAAGUGGAGAUCAAACCCUCUGGAAACACGCCAUUACCUGUGCGGAAAACAACUCCGAGAUCAAGGUGUGGUCCUGUGAAACCUGGGAGUGCACUCAGACGAUCACAUUCGUUCCCUCAAUCGAACAACCGCUCAGCUUUAAGGCGGAAAUCGAUCCCACCUCGUCGUAUCUGGUCCUAGCAGAUAUGACCACCCGAGAGUUGUAUGUGCUGCAGGUGCGCAAAGAAACAUUCCGCACGGAAAAUGGACCUUCCAUCACCAACGGAAAGUCCGCGGAAGACAGUUUCAACUUUUCCAAAAGUGAAGGAAAAAUCAACGAACAUAACUCCACUGUGGCAUCGAACGUCAGUUCGACUGCCUCCGCAGGCUCCAGCUCAAUUAUCACCAAGGCAUUCGUGUCAUCGGUUGCCGAAUUUCCGCUACCCUCGCCAAUCCUGAGCUUCGGCAUCCUGAACGCAGCAGUUCGCAAGUGUAAAACGAGCGACGCCUAUCUGAUCGAAGAGCUGGACGAUUACGACGAAGAGAACAGUGCCCUAUACAGCGUAGUGAUCCGGAUGUACCUCGUCCAGCCGAAAAGCGUCCAGGAGUGCCACCUGUUCUAUCAACCGACCGUGACACUCAGUACGGAGGUCUAUAGUACGCUUUCCAGCAUCAGCGGCGAGUAUCGCAAUAUAAACCAAUCCUCGCAAUCGUCCGGUUCCACGAGAAUGGAUGAUCAGCUGAGCAUGGCGGCCGAACUGGCCAACAAGACCCUCGGUAUCGGCGGUGGCGGCGACGGCGAUGGAGAAAAUGCAUUGAACGUUUCCGAUAAGAUCGGCGCCAAGGUGAGUGAGUCCGGGGAACUGGGCAGGAUGCGUUCACCGAAUGUGGUGACGACGACGGUGGCCGCUGUGGCUACCGCUACUAGUUCUAACGGGACGGUAGCGGUUGCUGUUGCUGCAACCAGUAGCAGUGGCAGUGUCGGUAACAACCAACCGAAGCAUCCCAUUAAUCUGAUGACACCGGAUUCGUUCAGUUCAACCGCCGAGAAGACAGAGAAACACAAAGCUGAUGAUACCGUCAAUCCGAAUGUGCUGAACACCCUCUUCAUGCUGGCCAAUGUCACCAAACAACAACAGCAGCAGCAACAACAACAACAACAGCAGCAGCAGCUGAAAACAUCCGGCGAAUCUCCCAUCGAAAGCUACAAGGAAAAACCUUCUCCGUUGAAUAUGCUGAACAUCGUCAACAGCACCAUGAUCGAGGAACAGGAACAAGCCAAGGUUCGAAAGUCGGUUGAACUGCAGCAGAAGGCACUGCUGGAAACCCCACCUGUUCCGCCGAUGCCGUCGGCGGAGAUGCUGGCCAGUGGCGGUUCUAGUCCCAGCCGGGAGGUGCAGGAAAUACUCUCACUCAAGGAGAACGAUUGCCUGAAUGAGUACUACGACUCGGAUAACAUUUUGUUGGACGAAACCGACGGAAUCGGUGCCGACGAUGACGAGUUGAACGAUCUGGAGAAUGAGAUUAACGAAGACGAAGACGAAGAUGAAGUGUACAACUUCAAGAACAUCGAUGAUGAUGACGACGAUGAUGUGCUGCAGCAGCGGAAGGUGCAAGUCAAGCCUAAGAAGACACAAACCGCUCAGAGUUCAAAGGAGGUCAAACCGAUCAAUCAGGAACAGGAACCGUCUCAGGAGAAGGUGGUGAAAAGUGAACCUAGCAACAAUAUCGAUUGGCCAAAAGUACCGGAGGUGCCUCAUCCUCCUUCGGCUCAACCUCUACCACCGCCAGGUCCGAUGAUUGUAACCGUACCGCAAAACAGCAAACAGCUGGACGAUCUUACUCAGAAGAUGGAUCGAUUGAUGGACGUCGUUCAGGAGCAGUCUCAUCAAAUCUCCGGUCUACGCUCGCAGAUUCAUGAACUCAACCGGGCCCGGCUGGAGGAUGCCAAAACCUAUCAUCGGGAAAUCAACAAGCUACAAUGUAUGCUCCCUGCCACGAUUAACAAUACCUACAAAGAUGGUCAAAAUUCUCACUCAGAAAUUCUGCACAUAAAACUAACGGAAACCAUGGCCCGGAUGCCGCAGGUUAUGGUCAUGCAAAUCGUGGAACAUCUGCGGCCGAUCCUUGCCCGCGAACUGCAGGUUCAAGUGAGCACGAUAGUAGCAUGCAAACUGGACAGCCUGAUGCAGUUGAUCAAGAUGGAAAUCGGCAGCAAGUUGCAGGCCAGUGACGCCAUGUUCCGGACCAACAUCGAGAAAAUGUGUCGAUCGCAGCCAAUUAUCGACGCAUUUGCAAAUUCAAUCCAAUCCGGUGUGAGAAAAGGACUGGAGCAAGUUUAUUUGGAAUCGCUGCGUACGAUUAUUUUGCCCGGUCACGAGAAAGUCUCACAGGAAUUGUUCCGCCAGCUAAGUCACACCUUCUCUGCCGGGACGAAGGAAUACAUUCAAAAGUUGGACCAAUACCUCGCGCAACAGAAGCAAACCACGGACCGAACAAGUGAUGUCAUCGAGCUGGUGAAAAAGAUCCCCGAGCAGGUCAACACCAACACCGACCGUCAGUACAAGGCCAAUACAUCCGCCCUACGGGAGGACGUCAAUCGGGACUUUAAGAUGCUUCAGCAGAACCUUUUGAAGGUCAUCCGAGAGAACAUCCGGCAUGAAAUCGAAAAAGGACUGGAAGCGCAAGCCUCUUCGCUGGAAGAUUCCGUACUUUCGGCGGUACGAUCCCAGACACAAACGCCAGCCCCAGCAACUGUGGACAUUCACGAACAAAUUCAGACACUCCUCGCCUCGGGACAGAUCAAUCAAGCCUACCACAAAGCGUUGCUAUCCAACGACCUGAGCUUGGUGGAAUUUACCCUCGAAAAAUCGGACUACAGAUCGGUGUUCAACCCAUGCCCUCUCGAACAGACUGUUCUGCUGUCCCUAAUCCAGCAAAUUUCCGCCGACAUGACCAACCACAAUGAGUUGAAGCACAGGUACCUCUCGGAUUCGAUUGUCGCCCUCAACUUUAAAGACCCGAUCACGAAGGAGCACGCCCCGAAGGUGAUGCGCGAGCUGAUGCAAAACUGUCAAAACUAUCUGACCUGCAAUCCGGGCCAUUCGAUUAUGGUGACCAGCAUCAAAUUUCUGAUGAUUGCCAUCAAGGCGAUCGCCAGCUCCAAGCGGUUCGAUGUCGCUGAAAAUAGUCCGCGGACCAGCAGCAAACCGUUUUGAUAUCAGUGGAAGUAGUCCGCGGUCUAGGUACUGGACAAGGACGACGGCGCCCUAAAGUUUUAUAUUAUUUUUUUUUUUUGGGAGAGCGCAUUGAAAUUUCUUGACUUUUUCACUUUUUUUUUAUAUAUCUAGACGAUGAACCUUUUGCUUCCCAACUAUCAAUAGUUAUCAAUUCUACUUGAAGCUAUCGAAUCUGAUCUCUGUUGACUUUUAUUUAUGGACACACACAAACACAAACACUUUUUGUGUUUUGCAAUGUUUGUUUAAGAAUGUUUCAAUGUGCGCCUCUUUGUUUUUGACUUUAGCUAAUUAUGUAUAUGAAAAGCUAAACUAUAAUCAUGUUUCAAAUGCUUCCAACUCUCUCAACUUCAAUGUUUCUAUAUCUAAAAAAAAAAUUGACGCAUUUCGUUUGUUCCUAUCUGGAGCUACCUAUAUACCUAAUCCUUUUGGAAGAUGAGCAGAACUCUGCGCGUCACCCACAUUUUUGAAUUAUAUCCCAUCAAAAAAAGGCAAUUAAUCUUCUACUGGA